AUUUUGAGGGAAAAGUCAGUAAUAACAUGAGCUUAUUCCUUUUCUUUCGAUCUCUCGAAAGUUUACUGCUGAAUUUAAACGAGCUUGAAUUUUGUAACAAGAAGUGUUUAAAGGAUGUUGAUAACGUGUAACUGGUUUUGGGGAAGUUUUUUUAUUGCAGUAGUAACUGCUGACUUACAAAAUACAGGAAAAGGUUUUGGGGAACAGUACAAUUGGUUCAGCCUGGAGAAAGGUUUGGAAGAAGCAAAGAAUAGCAACAAACCACUGAUGCUUAUCAUUCACAAAACAUGGUGUGGAGCUUGUAAAGCCUUGAAGCCCCAGUUUGCAGCUUCGAAGGAGAUUGAAGACUUGAGUUCUCAUUUUGUCAUGGUGAAUGCGGAAGAUGAUGAGGAACCAAAGGAAGAGCAGUAUUCUCCAGAUGGGGGAUACAUUCCUAGAAUCCUUUUCAUUGAACCUGCUGGCAAAGUAAGAACAGAUUUCUUCAAUGAGGAUGGCAAUGCAUCAUACAAGUACUUCUACUCGAAUGCAGACAGUGUGGCUGCCACCAUGAGAAGAGUGAAGAACUCAAUCAGAUCUGACAGUAGGACAAUGGAAGAGCUCUGAAUGCUGAGGACAAUUUGUAUUUCUUUGGGGUUCAACAAUGCACAUUUUGUUGUUUCAUGUGAUUUUGAUAUCUCAUACAUCAUGACUCAGCUGCUUGUUGUGAAGGAUUUGAUAUUUUCUCAUCUCACCACAAGUACAGUUGAACUGCCCACACUUAUAUGAGCAUGGAAAUGUCAUUUGUUAGCUCAUGUUUUUUUUCUUUUUGUGAGUUGCAUAAGACAGAAACAACUAAACAGACUGUUUAAAAAAUGGAGUUACUCUUAGAAUAGAGAUGUCUGUGGGUGUGUUCCCCCACUCCUUUGCUCAGAACAUAUACUAGGGUAAGUCAAUAAGUAA